AUGGCAGUUCAUCAGUCGGUUCCUUUGCAAGGUAAACUAAGUCAACAAUUGAAGUUGAGUCAAGAAGAAGGAUCAACUUACUCGGGGUCAAUUCCACCUCAACAACAAUUGAACGACCAUGAACAGCAGCAGCUAGGACAAGAGGAAGCCACACAACUGAGUACAACAUCGCAACCGCGGGACGCCCCUCAAACCCAAACGCAAUCACAGUCCCAGUCCCAGUCACAGUUAAUCCAUGAUCAGCAACAACAAAGACUACAACAUGCAUCAACCACCAAUAGUAACUUGCGCAAAGUAACACAUCCACCAGUACUACGAAUCAUCCCGCCCUUGAAUUUUUGCCCCGUUGAAAAACAAUUGUAUCGAUCAGGGCAACCAUCAAUCAUCAACCAACUGUUUUUGAAUCAAUUAAACUUGAAAACCAUCCUAUGGUUAGCAUCAGAAGAACCCAAUGAUGAUUUUCUUGAUUAUUGUUUAUCACAAUCGAUCAAUAUUGAAUAUGUGGGGAUGUUGAAUGAAUUGAUGGAAUUUGAUAAACAACCACAACUCAACAUGAAUCCAUGGGAUUCGUUAACUGAACCAACAAUAACUAAAGCCCUUGAGCUUAUUGUUGAUAAACUGAAUUACCCCAUGUUGGUAUGUUGUGGAAUGGGAAGACACCGCACUGGGACCGUGGUGGGGUGUUUGAGAAGGCUACAGGGGUGGAAUUUGGCUAGUGUAAGUGAAGAAUAUCGCAGGUUUACUGGGUCUAGGGGCGGUAGGAUCUUGGUGGAGUUGUUGAUUGAAGGGUUUGAUGUGCUGCUGGUUGAUAUUGAUCCGCAGAAGGCGCCUGAUUGGUUGAAGAUUCGAUAA